AUGAGUUUCGGAGCCCCCGGAGGUGGUUCGGUCAACUACAAGCCCACGCCACCUGAGCGCGGCAGCUUCCCUCUCGACCACGAAGGAGAGUGCAAGCAUAUUAUUUCCGGUUAUUUGAAAUGCAUCAAACUUAACCGAGGCACCAACGACGAGGCAUGCCGCAAGCUUGCCAAGGAAUACCUCACCUGUCGGAUGGACAAGAACCUUAUGGCGCCCGAUAACUUCCAGAACCUGGGACUCGUGUUCAAAGAUGACCAACAAAAAGGCAAUGAUGCCACUACGAGUACACCGCAAGCACAAGAGACAGGCAGGAAAGACUGA